CGGCGGAGGAGGGGGGCGGCGAGACGUUGCCCGGAAGCAGAAGGCUUCCGCGGGGGUGGAAGCGCAGCGCGGACCGUGUUGUGGCGCCGCUUUCGUGCCGGGGAGCAGGCCGUGGCUGCCGGGGAGCCGCCCGCCAUGUCGACCGUCGCAGCCGCCAGCUGCGACGCGCAGGGCGCGGGGGAGCCGGGGGCGGAGAAGAAGCCGCUGAAGCCCUGCUGCGCCUGCCCCGAGACCAAGAAAGCCCGCGACACCUGCAUCAUUGAGAAGGGUGAAGAAAACUGUGGGCACCUUAUUGAAGCCCACAAAGAGUGCAUGAGAGCUCUGGGCUUUAAAAUAUGACUGAGAUGAACAGGAAUGUGAAUGUGGUGACGACUGUUGUGUGACUGGUGUUCUGGAAAGAUGAAAAAUACUAAGUUAUUUCUGCAAGUUGCUUCAAAGGAUCAAAUAUAAACAAAGAAUCUAUUUAUAAGAAUAUCUAAUGAUAGACUGUGUAUCGCAUCUGUGGCUUUUCCACUGUUAGUUCUUGACUACUGCUAUAGAAAGUAUAUUUUUCCUCUUAAUAAAAAUCAAAAAAUUAA